AUGGCAUAUCGUCCACAGGCUAACGGUACUGCUGAGAGAAUGGUGCAGACCGCGACCAGAGCGCUCAAGAUGUACGUUCGCGAUCUUGAUCAGAAGGAUUGGGACGAAUAUUCUGAGCGCCUCACCUUCGCGAUCAAUACAGCUCACGAUCGGAUCCGGGGAGAUACCCCUCACUAUUGGGUACAUGGGCUACACUGCCAGUCGGAUGCACGAGACGGCGAGAUCGAGACGCGCGGCCAUACCGAGUCCAGCGAUACUAUCAACAAUCCUGGGAACAAGUCAAUGCCAGAUUGA